CUGUUCAUACAUCGCACAUACUCUCUCUCUCUCUCUCGCUCUCUCUGGCUCACUCGCUCUCUCUCUUUCGCGUGCACUGGAUUCUGUGCCGACUCGACUUUGACUGUGCGGGACGGCGAACUCAUUCAUUUGGAAACGAUCGGUUGUGAAAGGGGAAGAAAGAGCCGCAAUCACUGGGACAUGGAUAUAAUCAACAGGCAGUGCACCGACAACACAUAACUUGGCGUGUGUUCCUGGAAAGCGACAGUAUUUCACAGUGCGGCACAUUAACCGAGAAAAAAAAAGCCGGUUAAGACGAGUCGUAGUGCAGGCUACAUUUUGACAGUUGUAGAGAAUAUGCAUCUGAUUCGUAUCUGCAAAAUUUUCCACCAGUUGUGUGUCUUAUCGGCUACUGUAAUUUCAGGGCUGCAACUGCGGGAUUCGGAGUCGGAGAUAUUUUUCCCGGAGGUUCUUCCAGACAGAAGCCCGCCGGAUCCCGCCAGACCAAACGGCCGAGGGGGAGAUGCCGGCGCGGGGAGCAGCUCUCGGGAGGUCCGCUCCGUCUCCACCUGGGGAGAGUACGCGUCCCAAGCGUUUAACCACUGGGAACCCCCGGGACCGCAAACGCCUGCUUCCUCGGGACUGCGGCUCAAAAUCGCGGCUUUUGGCAAGGACCUGUACCUCAUUUUGAAGAGAGACACGCGUUUUCUGUCCCAGAAAUUCGUGGUGGAGAAGAGACCGAAAGCACGAAAGGCAUCUCCGCGCGCCUCGCCAGCUCCGUCCUCUGCCAGCGCGGAGUCCGCGUGCUAUUUCAGCGGGACUGUUCUCAAUUACGCUGGAUCGCGCGCCUCAUUCAGCACCUGCGCCGGACUGAUGGGGUUUAUCGAGCUCGGUGAGGAUUUUUUAUUCGUCGAGCCUGUGAACCACACGCUGGUGGUGACGGGGCACGCUCACCGGGUCUACAGGAAGAGGCGUGCCGCGGAGGAGAGGCCAGCCAAUCAGAAGGCUCCUGGUUCCUGCGGAGUCAUUCCAGAGAGGCCGAAAACGAAAGGCAGGAAGACGUGGGAAGGAGGACGAGGGAAAAGGUACUCGUACAAAUUACUCCACGAGUACGACGUGGAGACGCUGGUCGUCGCCGACCCGGCGAUGGUCAGUUACCAUGGCACCGAGGCGGCGAAACGCUUCAUUCUCACCAUUAUGAAUAUGGUUUUUAACCUGUUUCAACACAAGAGCCUUGGAAUCCAAAUCAACAUUCGCCUGACCAAGCUGGUGCUUCUGCAGGAGACCCCAGCCAGCAUGUACAUCGGUCACCACGGAGAGAAGAUGCUGGAGAGCUUCUGCCGCUGGCAGCAGGAGGAGUACGGGGGGAAGGGCAUGGCCUCCGACUUCGACCCGCGAUGGCGGGACGACCUUCCGUCUGUGGACACCGCCAUCCUCAUCACACGGAAGGACUUCUGUGUGCACAAAGAUGAGCCGUGUGACACCGUAGGGAUCGCCUAUCUGAGCGGCAUGUGCAGUGAGAAGAGGAAGUGCAUCUUAGCCGAGGACAACGGGCUCAACCUGGCCUUCACCAUCGCCCACGAGAUGGGCCACAACAUGGGAGUGAGCCAUGACAACGACCACCCAUCGUGCGCCGACGGCCUCCACAUCAUGUCCGGGGAGUGGGUCAAAGGGCAGAACCUGGGCGACGUGUCCUGGUCCCGCUGCAGCCGCGACGACGUGGAGAAGUUCCUCAGAUCCAAGUCCAGCAGCUGCCUCCUGCAGACGGACCCUCUCAGCCAGAACUCGGUCUUCCUGCUGUCCAAGCUGCCGGGCCUCUCCUACACGGCCGACGACCAGUGCCAGAUCCUCUUCGGCCCCACGGCAUCGCUCUGCCACAGCAUGCAGUACGUGAUGUGCUCCGGACUCUGGUGCCGGGUGGACGGGGAGAAGGACUGCCAGACCAAGCUGGACCCGCCGAUGGACGGAACCGAGUGCGACACGGGCAAGUGGUGCCGAGCCGGGGAGUGCGUGAGCCGGGCCCUGCCCCCCGAGCCCCCCGUGGGGGUGUGGAGCGCCUGGGGGCCGUGGGCCGCCUGCAGCCGAACCUGCGGCCGCGGGAUCAGCACCCGCCAGCGCAAGUGCGAGAGCCCCAGCCCCGGCGGGACAGAGGGGCGGUGCGUGGGACCCGGGAGGCAGUACAAGCUGUGCGAGAACACGCCCUGUCCCGUGGGAACGCCCGGAUUCAGGGACUCGCAGUGCCAGACCUUCAACCGACCCUCCCUGCACUGGUACUCCGUCAUGGACGAUGAGCGCCCCUGCACCCUCUUCUGCUCCACCUCGGGGAAGGAGCCGCCGCUCGUCCUGGCGGAGAAGGUCCUGGACGGCACCUCCUGCGGCCCUCUGGAGUCCGGCAUGUGCGCCAACGGGACGUGCCAGAAAGUGGGCUGCGAUGGUGUCCUGGGGUCGUCCUCCAGGGAGGACCACUGCGGGGUGUGCAACGGCAACGGGAAGUCCUGCAAGGUCAUCAAGGGCGACUUCAACCACACCCGGGGUGCAGGGUACGUGGAGGCCGUUGUGAUCCCGAAGGGCGCUCGGAGGAUAAGGGUGGUGGAGGAGAAGCCUGCUCAGAGCUACCUCGCUAUCAAAGACAACAGCAAGCGUUCCAUUAACAGCGACUGGAAGAUCGAGAACCCGGGCCUGUUCAACAUCGCCGGUACCACCGUCCACUACGUGAGGAGAGGAUUGUGGGAGAAACUGUCAGCCAAAGGCCCCACAACGUCUCCUCUGCACCUGCUGGUGCUUCUCUUCAAUGAUCAGAACUACGGGAUCCACUACGAGUACACCCUGCCGGCAGAGCCCGCCUCCGAGCCACAGGGGGGCGCCAUCCCCAAAGCCAGCGAGCCCCUCUUCAUGUGGACCCACUCGGGCUGGGAGGACUGCCACGCCGUCUGUGGGGGAGGGGAACGGAAGACCAUCGUCACCUGCACCAAGAUAGUCAACAAGACGACCAGCGUGGUGGACAACAGGAAGUGCCGCCACUUGACCAAACCGGAGCCCCAAGUGCGGAAGUGUAACGAGCAGCCCUGCCAGACGAGGUGGAUGAUGACAGAGUGGACGUCCUGCUCCAGGACCUGUGGGAAGGGGUCCCAGAGCAGGCAGGUGGCCUGUACCCUGCAGCUGCCCAACGGCACCCUGGUGAAGGCCCGGGACAGGGACUGCGCCGGCCCCCGACCCCCCCCCAGCCAGCGCUGCGAAGGCCAGGACUGCCUGACCGUGUGGGAGGCGGGCGUGUGGUCCGAGUGCUCUGUGAAAUGCGGCCGGGGGGCCAGGCACCGGCUGGUGAAGUGCACCAACCCCCGCAGGAAGUGCGACCUGACCACGCUGCCCCGCGAGGUGGAGGAGUGCGAGGACUACUCCCAGUGCUACGUGUGGAGGACCGGCGACUGGGCCAAGUGUUCCAUUACCUGUGGCAAAGGGAUGCAGUCGCGGGUGAUCCAGUGCAUGCACAAGAUCACCGGGCGUCACGGCAACGAGUGCUUCUCGUCGGAGAAGCCGGCGGCAUACCGACCCUGCCACCAGCAGCCCUGCAACGAGCGGGUGAACGUCAACACCAUCACGUCACCGAGGCUGGCUGCCCUGACGUUUAAGUGCCUGCGGGACCAGUGGCCGGUGUACUGCAAGGUGAUCCGCGAGAAGAACCUGUGUCAGGACAUGCGCUGGUACCAGCGGUGCUGCGAAACCUGCCGGGACUUUUACGCACAGAAGAUGCAGCAGCGAAGCUGACACCCCCUCCCCCUC